AUGUGCUUUGUGGGUUUGAAGAAGGCGUAUGACCGGGUCCCCUGGGAGAUCCUGUGGGAGGCGCUGAGAGAGUACAGGGUGGACGACUUCUCACUCUUCUCAGCAUUGACUGCUCACAACAAGUUCCAGCAACAUCACCGUGAAGACUUGGAGGAGCUUGUUGACAUAACAGCAGCGCUUGGUGGAGGACUUAAUGAGAUCUACGGAGGGGAUGCUGAUUUCAAUGGAACAUUUAUAACUCUUGGUGGCUUUGUAGAAAUGGACAAGUAUAGAUAUCUGUACUUUGUCAUCUUGUUGACAUUAUAUAUUCUCAUCCUCUGCACUAACUGCACCAUUAUAUGUCUAAUCUGGAUCCACAGGAACCUUCAUGAGCCUAUGUACAUUUUCAUUGCUGCUUUGUCACUCAACUCUCUUUUGUUUGGCACUGCUCUCUACCCCAAACUUAUUAUUGAUGUUUUAUCUCAAAAACAGACGAUUUCUCAUUCUGCUUGUCUGUUUCAAUAUUUUCUUUAUUACUCAUUAGGUAUUUCAGACUUCUUACUGUUGUCAGCCAUGUCUUAUGACAGGUAUGUGUCUAUCUGCAAACCUCUGCAGUAUCCAACUAUCAUGGGAAAACAAGCUGUUAUUGUGCUCUUGUCUUUGGCCUGGUUUCUACCUGCAUGUGAGCUUGCAGUGGCAACUGUGGUUAGUUCUCAACAAAAACUCUGUGAUUUUACAACAAAAGGAACUGUUUGUAACAACACAUUUUUUAAGCUUCACUGUGUAAAAUCAACAUUUCUUAACAUUUAUGGUUUGUUUAUCAUGAUAAAUGCUGUUGUUUUUCCUGUGAUGUUCAUCCUUUUUACGUACAUAAAGAUAUUCAUAAUAACUUAUCACAGUUGUGUAGAAGUGAGGAAAAAAGCUGCAGAGACAUGUUUACCUCACCUGAUGGUUUUAUUCAUCUUACUUUGUUUAGUUUUAUUUGAUGUCAUCAUAGCUCGAUUGGAAUUAAAUAUUCCAAAAGGUGUACAGUUAAUAAUUACUUUACAAAUACUUGUGUACAGUCCUCUGUUCAAUCCAAUCUUAUAUGGAGUGAAAAUGAAGGAAAUCUGGAAACACAUCAAGAGAUUGUUUUGUCUGGUAAACAAAGGUACAUGA